AAGAUUAUUUUCUGGAAGGGCGGGCGUCGGCUGCCCCCAGCCGCGCCGCUCUCUGGGAGCGGCCCGCCCCCGGCAGCCGCCGCGGACCAUGCCGCGCUGCCGCCACGCGCCGCCCCGGAGGAGUGCUGCGCCGAUACGGCUUGCCUGCUGCGCCGCUGCUUGCGCGGCACUCCAUUGGUCGCUUGGCCAGGGCCCUGCGUGGCUGGCGCCGGCGGCGAGGUGGCUGGUGGGCUCGCAUCCGCAGCGCGGCGUCGGAACUUCGGCGGCGGCUGCAGCGGAGCGCGGGCGUCUCGUGGCCCUCGCGGCGCGCGGGGGCGCCGACCCCGUGGCGGAGGCCCGCGCCAAGGUCCAGGCUCUGACGGUGGAGGCAGGCUACUCUGGGCCCGCCUACAAUGGGCCAGCCUCCGUGAACGACGCCUUCGUCAAGGGCCUGCUCGCCAUGUUCAAGGAGCAGAAGAAGCUGCCCAUGAAGUACGCGUACAUGAUGACCCUGGACGUGCUCGACAUCCUGAAGGGCGAGAAGACGCUGCAGCGCGUGCCCGUGCCCGAUGGCUCAAAGAUCACCGUGAUCGGCGACAUCCACGGGCAGCUAUUUGACUUCGCCCACAUGAUGGAGAACGUGUGCGGGUUCCCAAGCCCCCAGAACCCACUCCUCUUCAACGGCGACUUUGUGGACCGGGGGCCAUGGUCGGUCGAGGUCCUUCUGACCCUGUUCGCGAUGAAGCUGCAGCACCCGACCUCCGUCCACUUCAACCGUGGCAACCAUGAGAGCGAGAUGACGAACUACCAGUACGGCUUCUCUGGUGAGGUCCAGGUGAAGUACGAGCUAAAGAUGAUGGAGCUUUUCAGCGAGGUCUUCCGCCAUCUGCCCCUGGCGACGGUGCUCGAGAACCAGAUCUUCGUGGUGCACGCUGGCAUCCCAGGGCCAGACCCUCGCCAGUGGGAGGACUGGUUCUCCAAGGCGCCAGACGAGGCGGCGGGCAUCCUGAGCCGCGAGGGGGGCCAGAUGACUCUGGCCCAGAUCGAGGCGACAGACCGGGUAGUGGAGCCGAAUCCGUUCGAGUCUCCGCUGGUGAUCGACUUCCUGUGGGGCGACCCCAAGGGCGCCAACGGCUACGGGCCCUCGGGCCGCGUGCCGAUGGUCUACACCUUCGGGCCGGACAUCGCCCAGAAAUUCUGCGAGGCGAAUGGGCUGAAGCUGAUCCUGCGCUCCCACGAGACCAAGUCGGCGGGCUUCCAGGAGACGCAGCCGUUCUGCCACACCGUCUUCAGCGCCCCCAACUACAUCGACAAGGCAGGCAACAAGGCCGCCGUUGCAGUGGUGACCAACACCGGCGGGGUGCUGAAGCCGGACUACAAGCAGUUCGAUCACCAGCCGCACCCGGACGUGCCCAGCGGCGCCUACGCGCCGAACGGGCCCCUGGCGCCGAAGUGAGCGCUGGCUGCUCUCGUCUCCUCCUCCCUCCCUCCCUCCACCCUUCUCCUCAUGUCUUGUCUGGUCGUGUCCUCCUCCCCAAUAAUAUAUUUGUUUCUCCGGCUGGCACCUGUUCUGCUGGGACAGCGCCAGGAUUGACCGGCGAAGUUUUCGACUUUGAACGCGCAGGGGCCUCCUUUCGCAGCCCCACACCCAGACCUCUGGCGACUCGGAGAGCUCGAGACGGACAGCCUUCGGAGCCUCGUUCCUCGUUCUUUGCGGAGGUCUGGCCCGUUCAGCGAGUCGCCCCAGCGCUCUUGAUGGCCGGUGGGCGCAGAUUUCUCCGCGGAAAGGGUGCCCCCCGCGGGGCGCGCGCGCGACGGCGCAGGCGCCGG